CGGAAGAAGACGCCGUGAGCCUAGGGCGGCGGUGGCUCCUCCUCCUCCUCUACUAUUGCACCCACGCCUCCCCCUCCCCGCAAGACUGCUUACUCCUGCCUGGGAAGGAAGCAUCAGUGUUCCAUGGAACCCCAAGGAAUUGUCAAAGCUUUUCCCAAACGAAAGAAAUUAAGAGAUGAUUCACAGAUACCUCCAAAGGUACUGAAAGAAGAAACCAGGAACAAGCAGGCAGGGUGGCUGGAACCAAUGAUGGCCUAUAUUCUGCAAGCAGGAAUUGGCCAGGCCAGGGCUCAGAUCUUCUGCAAGCAGAUCAUCCAAAAUGGCGGAAGCAUCUGCAGUCAGCUUUCCCCAGACGUGACACACGUAAUAGUGGAUGAAGACAUGGACUGUGACCGGGCUUUCCGGCUCCUCAAACUAACCAAGCUACCUCAGGGAUUGCAAGUGGUGAAGGCAUCCUGGCUGAGUUCGUGUAUUACAGCACAGCAGAUUGUAAACACUGCCGGCUACAGCCUCCUCAUCCCAGAUAAGUAUCUGGAUGUGGCCGACCUUUCGAAGAGCCAGUCACAAUUUCUAGAUGAGGAGAAGAUCCACCCUCAAACAGAGAGGGCUGCUAGAGAGCAGGAAGCUGAACCACAGACAGGAGACAGUUCUGCCUGCUGUGCAUCAAACUCCUUGGAACAGCAGGAAACCACAGGGGUGGACCUGAAGAUCUUGGACGAUGAGGGAACAGAAGGAGAAGAGCCUGUUGUCACCCUGGGAGAACUGGAAGCCCUGAGGUCAGGUCGGGACCCAAACGCUCUGCCAGGAGACUCCCCUGUGGCACUUCCCUCUGGCAAGUGGGUUUGUGCUCAGUCCUCUGAAAGCAAGAAAGUGAAUCAUAAUCAGUGCAUUACGGAGAAGCUGGAGCUACUGGCAAAAGCCUACUCUGUCCAAGGGGACAAGUGGAGGGCUCUAAGUUACUCCAAAGCCAUUAAUGCGCUCAAGAGCUACCACAAGCCAGUCAGCUCAUAUCAGGAAGCCUGCAAGAUCCCUGGAAUUGGGAAGCAGAUGGCAGAAAAGGUUGUUGAGAUCCUGGAGAGUGGGCACCUUCGGAAGCUUGACCACAUCAGUGAGAGUGUCUCAGUACUAGAAGUGUUUUCCAGUAUCUGGGGAGCAGGAGUAAAGACUGCUCAGAUGUGGUACCAGCAGGGCUUUCGCACUCUGGACGACAUCCGCACUAAGGCAUCUCCCACCAGUCAGCAAGCUGUUGGCUUGAAGCACUACGAGGACUUCUUGGAGCGCAUGCCCCGGGCAGAAGCUGCCGAAAUUGAGCAGACUGUCAGAGAAGCAGCGCAGUCCAUCAAACCUGGACUGGUGAGUGUAGCCUGUGGCUCGUUCCGGCGGAGGAAACCCACCUGUGGAGAUGUGGAUGUGCUGGUGACUCACCCCGAUGGGCACUCCCACCAAGGAGUAUUCAGCAAGCUACUUGGCAGCCUCCGGGAAAGUGGCUUUCUCACAGAUGACUUGGUGAGUCAGGAAGAUAAUGGAAGCCAGAAGAAGUACCUGGGGGUCUGUCGUCUGCCAGGCCCGGGCCGCCGCCACCGCCGCCUUGACAUCAUUGUGGUGCCCUAUGGCGAGUUUGCUUGCGCCCUGCUCUACUUUACGGGCUCAGCCCACUUCAACCGCUCCAUGCGAGCUCUGGCCAAGACCAAGGGCAUGAGUCUGUCAGAGCACACCCUCAGCACUGGCGUGGUGCGCGGACCUGGCGGCCUCAAGACAGUGCCCGGCCUUGCUCUGUCUACCCCUACCGAGAAGGAUGUGUUCCUGCAUCUGGGGCUGCCUUACCGGGAGCCACACGAGAGGGACUGGUGAGGACAGGCAAAGGAGCAGCCCCCAGAUGCCUCCAAAUGAUGCCCUUGCAUGAGACACAUAUGAAGAGCCCUGCAAAAUCAGACCAGAGGCCUAUCUAGUCCAGCGUUCUGUUCAUGCAGUGGCCAGCCAGCUGCCUCUGGGAAGCCCACAAGCAGGACAUGAGUGCAACAGCACCCUCCUGCCCAUCUUCCCCAGCAACUGGUGUAUUUAGGCCUUUGGAAGAAAUGUAUAGCCAUCACUACUAGUACCCAUUGACAGCCUUAUCCUCCAUGAAUUUGUGUAACCCCUGUAGGCGGACGUGCUCACUGCCUUCAAGGAUAGACCGUCUUUUCCUGCACUACCGGGCAUUGAGUCUCUUGACAGAGAAAAGCCCAAGGCUCUGAACAUACUUCAUUGGCUUUGAUGGAUUGCAGUGAGAGGGGCACCAAGGGCAAAUAACCAACCUCAGCAGGCAAUUAUGCGAAUGAAUGUGAAAAUGAUUGUAAAGCGUUUUAAUCACUGAAAAUCCCAUUUGACAUGGGAGUUUGGGAAAUGCAUAGAUUUUAAGGAAUGAAUUUUUAAAACACUUUU